AUUGCGCGUUUUCUUUUUCAACAGAGUUUUUGAAUACCAUCCCUUCACUAUCCUCUCGGUAUCACCGUCUCAUUCUUGCCUCUCCUCACCUUGGUUCCUUCUCGCGGCGCGCAGCGAUGGAGACUGGGCGCAGGCAUUGAAUAACUACACCCGACAGCAAACGAGAACGUUUACAAAUCAAUGAGAAGUCUGAGGGCAACUCGGGCGCUUUACUUCAAGUCAUGCUGGAUGGUCCUUAUGGAGGGUCGAGCGUCGAUCUGGUCUCCGGCGGGUCUGGGGUCACAUUCACUCUUGGUCUGCUGGACGACAUCGUCGGCAGGUGUGUCAAACUAGGCCGCAGUCAGGAGGAACGAACGAGGAGAAUCGAGUUCACCUG